AUGGCUUCUCCUAAUAACUUCAACUUCCCAUUUUUCCCUCCACCACCACACCAACCUUCCCGGCCGCCGCCACCCCCGCCAUCAAAGCCACCUCCGCCAGCCCCAUCACCGGAUAAUCAUACCACUGUCAUAAUCGUUGUGUUUGUUUCAUUUGGUGGUGUUUUGCUCCUUGCAUUUCUUGCUUUUGCUCUCUGUUGUUACAUCAAGAAGAAGAAGAAACAGAAGAAGACAGUUCAAGAAACACAUUUUUUAUGUAUUGAUGAACACCUUAAAGUUAAGGAAGCCAUUGUUGGUGGUCCUAAAGGACCGCAAGCUGUGGUAAUAUCUACCGAGGAUGAUGUCCAUGUUGAAGAAGAAACUGAGAAAAAUGCCAAGUUCGGUGAAGGUUUGCAUGCAAAGAAGGCUGCAGAUCCUACCAUUAUUGACUCUGCAGGAGCAUCUACUUCAGAUAUUGAACAUCAAAAGCUCGAACAUAAGGCAUGA